UUUCUUGCUGCCAGGUUUUGUAAUAAAGCGCGACCAUAACGUUUCGUCCUCAUUCUCCCGAGUACCCGAGCCAUGAGUGGACCUGAGAAGAGGGAGUACACGUGCAAACGUUGCAGGGUUCAUGGAGUCAUCGUGGCCGUAAAAGGACACAAGCGGCAGUGCCCCUGGAAGCACUGCCAGUGUCCUGGCUGUCAACAAGUCACAUUGUACCGUCAGGAACAUGCCAGUGAGAUCAACGCGAGGAGAGGGGGAUCCGACAUAUCUGCGGCCGACGUGAUCAACAUCGCAAACGUUGGCCGCAGCAGUGGCGCUACCAAGGCAACCAGCACCUCGGCCAAGCGCAGGGAGAAACAGGUGGUGCGGGGAAUACGGAACCAGAAGUUCUACGAGGACCUAAACACAAAGAUGGCCAACUACGCAAGUCACGCACCAGGGCAGCCUCCGCUGGCGCACAUCCGGAAGGCCAUUGUAGAAAAUUGGGCUGAAACAUCUGGUAAGAAGAGAUCCCGCAGUACGUACACGUAUGCAGAUACGUGUAUGUACAAGGGCUACAACCCCCGACGGGAGGAAGCAGUAGCAGGCCCAUCGUCCGAGUCUGCUCCCUUUCAGGAGUCAGACUCAGAGUCAGAGAGCCGACAGAUGCCUCCACCCUCUAGCUCUGACCAAGCGGAGUUGGACUUGGACAGCGACGUCAGCAUCCUAGCAGACAUGUUUCCUGGGGCCAGAGAGAACCUGGGCCUGGCAGUUCUCAGGGACAUAAGGAAUGCGACUCCCAACAUGGAGCAGGCAGUGGACCAGCUGAUCGCGAUCCUGGAUGUCCCUACCGGAUCCUCGCCGCCCGGCGCCACGGCCACACGAACGACCCCACCCAGGCUGGCAAAGCUCGCCGUCAUGUUCCCAAAGGUCGACUCUGAUGUACUAAAGGCAGUCGUCAACAGAGCGAAGGACACGCCCACAGCCAUCGGGAAAGUUCUGGCGCUGUACUCCCCGCCCGACGCGUCCCAGCAAAUCGGGCCUACACCAAGGGCAGAGCCACCCCGCGCCAAGCGCCGACGGGCCCUCUACUUCUCUAACCACCUCUCCCCAGGCCCUGACGCAGGACCCGUCGCCGGCGGCUCGGUGCAGUACACCCCUCGUAACCACCCGCCACAGAAGUUCAAGUCACCUGACGAAGGACCCGUCGCCAGCAGCUCGGUGCAGUGCACGCCUCGUAACCUCCAGCCACAGAAGUUCAAGUCCCCUGGCGCAGGACCCGUCGCUGGCAGCUCGGUGCUUUACACGCCUGGUAACUGCACUCCGCAGAAGCAGUCGUACCAACUUCUGAACUUCAACAAAGGCGUGGACGUUGCGGAACAGGGAGCAGCACAGGCUGAGCACGAGUCUGGAGGAGGGCGGUACACCAUUCAGGGAGCGGACAGGAGAACACCAGUAAAGAAAAGGGUCGUAGGCUGCAAGAUUUGCUGGGCGCCUGUCGACAGAAGCCACAAGUACUGUCCGGCAUGUGGCAACAUGUUGUCUAACACAGACGAGCGGUUUUAAGGAAUAUGUGCCUUCGUAAAGU